AAUUCCGUAAGACCUGCAUCCGCCGCGUCUGCAAAAAGUUACUAGAACUCGGGCCAAUCGCAUUGAUAGAGUUGUGGUAACUUUCUUUCCGGUCAAUUUUUAUCAUCACAAAUCCCAAGAGAAUAUCAAGAAGUCAAAUUGAAGGAAAAAAAGAUAAAUAGAGAACAUAUAUUGAAAAAAUUAAAACAACAAGAUAUAUAGCAAGAACAGCAAGAAAUUGUUAAAAAAUCAAGAUUGGCAGCGUAAUUGAACAUCGCAUAAACCUUUAUUUUAUUUGUAUUGUAAAUGAUCGAUAGUGCAAAUUAGUUUCAUUCGACUUUACAUGAUUUAGUGUUUAAUGCAUCGUUUGUGCAACUGGAUAUUCUAUAAAUCAGAAUAAAACGAUUUGUUUUUAUUUUUCCUCCGUACGUACAUAUCUUUUACAUAUAUAUAUAUAUAUAUAUAUAUAUAAAAUAUAAUUGAAUGAAAUGGCCGAGUCAAAUGCCAGAAGAGAAGCGAGAAGACGGCAAAUUUUGGAAAACGCAGAAAGUCGUUUACGUAAAAUUACAGGAAGGAGCAAUCUAGAUGAAACAAAAGAUAACAAUUUGCAAGUAAAGAGCAAUAGUUUGAAAACAGCAUGUUUGACAGAAUAUGAUGUCAGAAAUGGUACAUAUGAUGUCAAUAGUAAAGCAACCCAGCAGGAUUAUACAAGAUUCCAAGAGAAUGAAAUUUCAAAUGACACUCCUGACUCUACAAAUAUAUCUUUAACAGAACAAUUGUCUAAGAGAAAAUCUUUACUGCACAUAUUAUUAUUUAGUCGUGUCAGUCUUAUUGUUCUGGCCGCAAUUGUCAAUGUUUUAUUAAUUCUAGAAUUAGACAAUCUAUGUUUAGGCCAGGCAGUCAUUCCUUAUUUUGUAUUAAUGCUGGCUCGCUUAUCUGUGUGCGACAAAUUGCAAGAUAUGCAAGAAGGGAGUUUACUGUAUGCUGCGUUACUUUUGUGUAAUAUUCAACAUAAUGUAGUUAAUAGAGUCAAAACGUUCUUUGCAUUUUUUACUCUGGUGUUUCGCGACUUUGGUUUGUACAUGUUCAAUUUUGUGCUGAUGCACUAUGUCGCUAUGUGUUACUUGGGUUAUGAUAUCACGGUACCAAAGAAUACGUGAUUGUAUUUAAACGAGUAAAUACUAUGAAAAAAAAUUCUUAUGUAAUGUAAAACUCGGUGCUGUUAAAGUGUACUGCGAUUAUGAUCUUGAUCGUGAAUCUACUAGUCUGUAGCAAUGUAUAUACAUAUUGAUACACAUUGUAAUAAAACAGAUUUGGGAUAAAAAUUAGGUGAUUGAUGUGAUUUGUACGACUGUAAGCGGUUGCGUUUUGGAAAUAUAAUACUGCAUGUGAAAAAGUUUUAGAUGUAACCGCAAAGUCGGUAAGCAAUUCAAUCGAUUAAAAUGCUGGUCUGUGAUUGGUUGGUUUGCUUAUGACUAAUCGCAAUCUUUACUAUGACUGAAAUUUUGUCACAUGCAACAGAUUUAACCGUAAUAAAUAAUUAUUUGAUAUUUUGAUAUAAGGAAUUAUAUGAAUAAUUGUAUAUAAUUGAAUGUGAAUAUAUAAUUGGAUAUUGUUGUACGUAAACACGAUUCGAUCACAUUUCAAUAAUUGUUCAUGCGUGUGCAUUACUCAUUGCAAGAAAAUUUUUAACCAAGAUUACGAGAAAAUGAUACGCAAAAACGUGUGCCGAAUAUCCAGCUCGAUUCACUCGAGCAUUAACGCCGAAGUGCACGAUAUUCCAAUGAAUAUAAUUAUCAGACCUUUUCCUGCCGAAGUGAAUGAGGAGAAAGUCCAAAGUCUAAUGAGCUCGUUGAAAAACGCGGACACCGAACACACGGUGCCGCCCAUCGAUGUUUUGUGGAUCAAGGGAAGAGAAGGUGGUGAUUAUUAUUAUUCUUUCGGUGGCUGUCAUCGUUACACCGCUCAUCAACGAUUAGGUAAACCAUUCAUUAAAGCCAAACUGAUUCAAUCGACAUUGACAGAUUUACAAUGUUAUUUGGGAAGUUCCACGCCAGAUUUAAAAUAAAUAUUUAAAAAUUAUCUGUGUAUAUGUAUAUAUUAUAUAUAUAUUUUGGUAUUUUUUACCGUAUGUACACACAAUAUGUAUCAUGAAAUAAUGCAGUUAUUUUAAUAAUAUAUAUAUAUAUAUAUA